AGCAUCRCCGGAAGGGAGGAGACAAGGUUGGUUUCCAAAUUCCGUCAGGAAUGUGUUUUUGUUCUCUCGAAAAAAAUAAUAAAGCAUUCUUCUGAGACAGGAAAUCUUUGGCUGUUUUCUGAUGACCGAUAGAUGACAGACACGAGGUCCCGUCGUGUGUAACAUGAAACCACUCCACGUACUGAAUAAUCUGUAAAUUUGUCGCUCCUGUGAUUKUGUUCUGAAGCUCCGAUAGGAUGAAAACAAUGUCAACGUGUAGUAGAGCAAGCUGUUAUUACGUGAUUUUAGUUGUUUUAUUCUUAGCUAGUCUAUUAGGAAGUUCUUUGGCUUGUCCUGAACGGUGUUUGUGUUAUCGGACGAAUGCUGGACCAACAGUUCGAUGUAACCAUCAAAACCUCAAGCGUAUUCCUGAAGUUCCUACAUCAACAGUUGCGUUAGAUUUACGUUUCAACCAAAUCACGGAAGUAAAGCGUGGCGAUUUGGCGGGACUUCACCAUCUAACAACACUGUUAUUAAGCACUAAUAAAAUAACUACAGUUGAAGCGAACGCUUUCAGUGGCCUGUCAUCACUAAAAUACCUGUACCUGUACAAUAAUGAAAUAAAAGAUCUUUCUGCAAGUCUUUUCAAAGGAUUGUCGAGUUUGGAACAGCUGUAUCUACAUUUUAAUCUCAUUCCCACUCUUCCAUCUGCAAUCUUCAGAGGUCUUAGUCGCCUUGAAAGACUGUAUAUUCAUCAUAAUAAGCUCAAGACUCUUCCCAAUGGAUUAUUUCAAGACUUGACUUCACUAAAACGACUGCGAUUGGACUCUAAUCAGUUGGUAUGUGACUGUGACCUUUUAUGGCUGUCUUUGUUUCUUCGUCGAACUCCUAACACUGAAACCGCUGCCACGUGUUUUGAGCCCUUGAGAUUCAGUGGACGACCAGUUGUCAGGAUAAGACCCUCUGAUCUCAAUUGCAAUUCUCCUCGAACAGUUAAGAGCCCAGCAAGCAUCGAUGUGACUGUGUCUGCUUCCGUGAUUAAGUUCAAGUGCAAUGUAAUUGGCGAACAGACRCCGGUUAUCUCAUGGUACAAGGACCGAAGACGAUUACCRCAACAUGGCCGACAUGUCAUUCAUAUUGAUGGUGUACUGCGUGUCCAACAGCCAACCUUGGACGACGAAGGAGUCUACACAUGUCUAGUUAMUAAUAAUUCUGGAGAACAAGUAGCAGAGGCGUCAGUACGAUACGAUGGAGUAGAUGUCGUACCAUCGUUGACGCAUUAUCCUCAACCAAAGUUUGAAUCCAUCGCUGGUAAUACAGUCACAAUGCAAUGCCGUGCCACAGGGAAACCAGCGCCAGUUAUUCGAUGGUUUAAAGAUGGUUUAAGAGUGUCGUCGGAUUCCAGAAUUAGAGUAACUAUACUUGGUGACUUGCAGAUUACUUCGACACGCAGCUCAGAUCAAGGAAGAUACGAAUGCUACGCAACAAACAAGGUUGGAAGUACAGUAGCUCGCACGAAGCUUGAAGUCACAGCGUCACCUCGUUUCCUGACUAAACCAUCGAAUGCUGAGGUUCUUGAAGGAAGCUCUGCYUCUCUAGAAUGUCGUGCAGAAGGUUUUCCAGCACCAGCUAUUGCYUGGACUAAGAAUGGAGACCGACUUCCAUCGCAAAAUCGCCAUAUCGUCCUYCCYUCUGGAACUCUCAGGAUCAUUCACGCACGAGACAUUGACGAGGGACARUACGAAUGCCAGGCYAUAAACGUCAUAGGUGUUAGUACUGCGCGGGCGUACUUAACCGUGGCUCCAAGAGUUCCUCCCAAAAUUACCAAAAAACCCRACGACCAGACAGUCAACUCUGGACAAACRGUCCAAAUAAGCUGCGAAGCUACCGGUGCUCCUCGUGCAAUGAUAUCAUGGAUCAAAGAUAACGUACACAUCACCGAGGGCAACAGGUAUUCAACCAAUCAGCAAGGUGUAUUGACUAUACGUGACGUGUCCAAGGCAGAUGAAGGUCGAUAUGAAUGCGCCGCUAGAAAUAGCAUUGGUAUUGCUACUGCAUUUAUGGUACUCAAAGUAGAUGUGUCAGACCUUAAGUUUAUUGGUGACAAGUUUGUGAAUGAGUCCAUUGGCCAGGCAAUCAGCAGUGUCGAUCGCGCCCUCAAAUCAAGCAUUAGGAAACUAUUCCGCAGCUCUAAACCUCGAUCACCAAGCGAUCUUUUGGCUCUUUUCCGCUUCCCUUCUCCUCAAGCUCAGCAAAUUGCUCGCGCAGCUGAAGUGUUUGAGAGGACAAUACAGCUUGUGCAUGARCACGUUGCAGGAAUUAAUAUGGUUAAUGUAACUGACGGAAAAUCAACGAGCUACUUCGACCUUCUUUCGCCAGCUUACAUCAACAUGAUUGCCAAUCUAUCGGGCUGUCAUGCACACAGACAGAAAGACAACUGCACUGAUCUUUGCUUUCAUUUGAAGUAUCGCUCUGCGGAUGGAACGUGCAAUAACUUGCAGCAUGCCAUGUGGGGUGCGUCUUUAACGCCGUUUAAACGUCUUCUUAGUCCUGUUUAUGAGAAUGGAUUCAACGAUCCUAUUGGAUGGAGCAAUACAUCGUCGAUACCCAGUGCAAGGCUUGUAUCAAGAGAAAUAAUGUCGGCACCUAAUGUCACCGAUGAUAACGAAUACACACAUAUGCUUAUGCAAUGGGGACAAUUCUUAGACCAUGACAUUGAUUUUACUGUAACAAGUCUUAGUUUCUCAAGGUUCCACGAUGGAACUGAUUGUACAUCAACCUGUGAGAAUAAUAACCCUUGUUUYCCCAUACAGAUUCCUGAAGGAGAUCCACGAAUUACCCGGGCACGUUGYAUGCAGUUUACUCGCUCUAGCCCAGUAUGUGGUACGGGUACUACUUCAGUGUUUUUUAGCAAUGUCCAUCAGCGGGAGCAAAUGAACCAAAUCACGUCGUUCAUUGACGGAUCAAACAUUUACGGUUCCUCAGACGAAGAGUCGAGGAAUYUACGAGAUGUGCGCAGYCGCGGACUGCUCAAGACAAGCCCAGCUGUAGAUAUUAAAGGAAAACCACUUCUGCCAUUUAAUACAGACUCCCCUAUUGAAUGUUUGCAGCCACGUGAUAGCCCAGUCCCAUGCUUCCUUGCGGGUGAUUUUCGAGCCAACGAACAACUUGGUCUGCUGUCAAUGCACACACUAUGGAUGCGCGAACACAAUCGUAUCGCAAAGGAGCUUGGUCGUUUGAAUGCUGACUGGAGUGGGGACAAGAUUUACCAUGAGGCACGUAAAAUYGUAGGGGCUGAAUUACAACACAUAACGUUCACUGAUUGGUUACCUAAAGUUAUUGGACCCAGAGGAAURAAGUUAAUGGGAWCCUAUCAAGGAUACGAUCCUAAUGUAGAAUCUUCCAUYGCAAAUUCCUUUGCGACUGCGGCGUUUCGUUUCGGACAUAGCUUAAUAAACCCGAUUAUUUACCGUCUUAACARUACUUUYCAACCAAUUGAACAUGGUAAUAUACCCYUACAUAAAGCUUUCUUCUCGCCGUACAAGAUCGUCAACGAGGGUGGUAUCGAUCCUGUGCUGCGUGGUUUAUUUGGUACAGCGGCUAAAAGCGCGAGUGACAAAAGCCGACUGUUAAAUAGCGAAUUGACUGAGAGACUAUUUGAAAUGGCUCAUGCAGUCGCACUUGACCUUGGUGCUCUAAAUAUCCAACGUGGGCGCGACCACGCCUUGCCAGGUUACAAUGCUUGGAGAGGUCUGUGCAAUCUAUCCAUUGCUGAAACAUUUGAAGACCUUAAAAAUGAAAUAACCAACCCUAAAAUUAGGAAUAAAUUGAAGAAACUUUACCGGMACCCUUCAGAUGUGGAUUUAUGGGUAGCAGGCCUUUUGGAGGACAUGGAACCAGGAAGCAGGAUUGGAAAAGUAUUUACUUGUUUGAUUGCGGAUCAAUUUAAACGACUCAGAGCAGGGGAUAGGUUUUGGUAUGAAAACCCUGCAACCUUCAAUCCAAGUCAACUAACUCAACUUCGUCAGACUAGCUUGGCACGUGUUUUGUGUGAUAAUGGRGACAAUAUUCAACAUGUGCAAAGCGAUGUCUUCAGACGUGUGGGAUACCCUAGUGGAUAUGUGUCCUGUUCCACUAUACCUAAACUUGAUCUGCGAUUAUGGAAAGACUGUUGUGGAGACGGCCAAUGUUCUGUCGCAGACCAAACGUUUACGUUUAGCACGAAUUUAAGAAGUCGAGUAAAGCGCUCAGCUGAUAACAAUGGGAGUGUACCCAAGCAGUCGAAUGCUUUCUACUAUGGAAAAAUCCCUUCAUUUCCCAAGGCAUAUUCACCAAAAAGAAAAAGAAAAAUCGCCGUCAAGUUGUUUGAGGCGUUAAAACCAGAUAAUCGACAAGAGGAAAGAGCGAAGAGAAAAAACCGUAAAUUGCAGAAUAAAAUGAAAAUGUUAGCAAAUAAAGUGAAUGCAUUAGAGAAGACGGUGAUGUCUAUGGCUCAAACACUUAAAGUCAUGCAGGGAACUAUAGAGUCUUUAAAGAAUGAGCUGCUCAUGAGAAGAAAUGGUUAAUAAAGAAUGCAUGGGAUCCAGUCAGYAAUAAUGGCUGAUUCAUCUAAGCUGUUCUCGUCCCGUAUGCACACUGAAUUUACRGUCAUCUUGGUCCCAAACCUUCACCUACUAUAUCUUAACGAAGGGAAAGCUGUUAACUAACUCCAUUMCUCUUUAAAAUAUGGCCAUUUGUAUGUUUUUGUUUUGUUUAUAAUAAGAAAGAGAAUAAAUCAAUGUAAAGCAUAGAGCGCGGCGCAGGCUAAGAGGGAUAUUCAUGAUGCCAACAGCGCUAGAAUGUAUGGCUUAAUGUAAAUAGUAGUGUAAUGUUUUAAACGUAGAUGUCAGAAAAGGAAAGGCUUUUUUAAGAUAAAUAAAAUUUUACAGCUGUUUUGUUAUAA